UACUCCACAAACUCAGCUGGCAACUGGCACAAUCUCAAUCCUCUGUUUGAUCUCCACCUUCAGUUUCAUUCUCGCUCUCCCUCACUUCUUAUUCACUGCACGUCACAACCUCUCUCCGAUUGGCAUCGUUUUUUCCUCCAUCAAUCUCUCUCUGAUUAGGAGUUUUCUUUCUCUUUCUUCCUAGGGUUUAGGGUUCUUCUUCCUCCAAUUUGCUCUUCCUUCCUCUUCAACCAAGACAUGACAAUGCCGGAACAGAAGAACAAGAAGGUCUCCUUCACUGAGGAAGAUGCUGCUGCUCUCACGCUGAGGUAUGACGAAACCACAGUGUUAACGUUGCUUCAGGAAGUGGCGAAUUAUCCUUAUUCGAAGAUUGAUUGGAAUGAUUUGGUCAAGAAAACCUCGACUGGGAUUUCUAAUGCCAGGGAGUAUCAGAUGCUGUGGCGUCACUUGGCUUACCAUGAUGCCUUGGAGGAAAAUUUCGAAGACGGGGCUGAACCUCUGGAUGAUGAUAGUGACCUAGACUGUGAAAUGGAAGCAUUACCCCCUGUAAGUGUGGAAUCUGCAUCGGAGGCUUCAGCAUGUGUGAAGGUAAUGAUUGCUUCUCGUACGCUAAGUGAAUCUACCCCUAGUAGCUCAACAAUUGAGGCUCCAUUGACUAUAAAUGUUCCAGUUUGCCAUUCAUCUAGGACUCCUAACGAAAGUUCACAGCCCAAUAAUUUGAUGCAAGGUUCAAACAUUAUUUUCCCCGUUACUGUUCAGAGGCAGACACUGCCAACUGCAUCAUCAACAGACGGUAUAGAAACCAAGGGAUCAGUUGGUGGCAACAUGGCUUCAAAAAGAAAAAGAAAAGCAUGGUCAGAGGAAGAGGACAUGCAGCUACGAGCUGCUGUUCAGAAAUGGGGUGAAGGGAAUUGGGCAACCAUGGCAAAAGGAGACAACUUUCCUAUUAAGAGAAGUCCUACACAGUUGGCUCAGAGGUGGAGCAUUUUACGUAAGAAAGAUGGCAGUGCCAAUUCAGGAACCAUCUUGACCAGCACACAAUAUACUACUGCUGAACAACUGGCAACUCGUCAUUCUUUAUCCUUAGCCCUUGAUAUGCCAUUCAAAAAGUUAACUGCUCCUGGAAUGACUGAUCCUGUUGCAGCUAGGACAUCCACAUCAAUUAAAAAUCAAGUGCAAACUUGCAAUGCCACAGAAGGUUCAACGGUUCACAACAGCUUUGUACCACCAUCUCAGCAUCCAUCUCAACAAGCUUUGCUGGGAUCUUGUGGUUCCUCUGCAAAACCUAAAUUAGUCUCUGGAAAAUCAAUCCCAAAGUGUAAUCCAAUGCCAAAUACUUCUGUAAAAUCUACCACAGUUGUUUCCCCAUUAAAUACUGGAUCACAACAUAAGGUUGCUCAAGCAAGAAAUGUUAUAGUUACAGGCAACUCUUUGACAAAGACAUCCGUGUCUGGUGGCUUGCCUAACAACCCAAAGGUUCAAUCAAAUGUACCUUAUGUUUGCACCAGUUCAACUGCUGCUUCUGCCCUUGCUGUCAUAUCUCCUGGAUCAUGCUCUAGUACAGUAAAAGGCGCCUCAUAUAAGGUGGAGAAUUCAGCUACAACUUUGUCUCGACAUGACAAAUCAGUUACCUCUGUGGUUGAAGAAGUUCCAUUGAAACAAGUUAAUCCCACAGAAAAAUUUAAAGCUUUUAAUACUAUUCCUACACCAAAAGAGAUGGUGCAAGAAGAUGAGAAUUCUACAUUUACUGCUGAGAAUCGUGUCAUGGCAAUAGAUACCAAACUGGAUAAGGGGAGUAUAGAUUUUGAUAAAGUUAAGAGCGUGUCUCUUGUGAAAAUUACAAGUGAGGAUAUUUCCGAAGAUAAAGCAGUUCCACAAAAUCUAGGGAAAUGUGAAGAGACAGGAGCGGUUAAGAAUUCAAAUUUUACAUUCAGUAUGGAAAUUAAUGAGAAUAACAACCUGGACAAGGGGAAUCAAGAUUUAGACCAUGAUAAGAGGACAAAUUCAAUUAAUGGAAGUUCUGACAAUCAGAACAUGAACGUGAACCAGGUAAAUUUGGCAAGUGUGGUAUUAGAUGAAUGCAGUCAAGGUCUGGAAUUGUCAAGUUAGUAACAACUGGUUGUGAUGUUGACUAAUAUAUGUAAAUGAAUAGUUUUUUUUUUUUUUUUUAAUUCCAAAAGAAACUUGCGGUGGAAUUAUAAGUAUUUUUAAGAAUUUGUGGAACAUUGAUACGUUAUAGUAUUUUUUUUUUUAAAAAAUCUUGCUUAGCAAUUAAUAUA